UGCUUGUGUAUAUGUGUGUGUAUGUGUGUCCAUCUGUGUGUUUGUGUGUGUCUGUAUAUGUGUGUGUCUGUAUAUGUCCAUGUGUGAAUGUAUGUAGUAGUUAUCCCAGUGUUUACACUGUUGUGGAGGAUGAUGGCAUGAGAUAAAGUGGGAAAGUCCCUGUGUGUGCUACACAUUCAUUCUGCUUUUCUAACAAAGUUGUUGAUCCAUUUUAAAGAAAUGGGUUGAUGCAUCCAUUUAACAGCAGGGAGGAGCUUGGUACGUGAGUGUUAAGUGUCUGUAUAGUAAGAUAGCCCAGAGGUUUCUAUCUUGGGGUGUACAUGAGAAAGAAAAAAAAAAUCACCACCGUUUUGUUCCCAGGAAGUCUUAAAGCACUUCACAGCCAAUGGAGUACUUCUUAAUGUGUAGUCGCUGUUGUAACGUAGAAAACAUGGUAGACAAUUUUGGCACAGCAAGAUCCCACAAACAGCAAUGUGAAAAUGUCCAAAUAAUGGCCUGAAUCUUCUGAGGAGCAGCGGAUUACCGGAUUACUGCUCCACUCCUACUUUUCUCCAGCGCAACUCUGCUCCGUAUUUCUGGCCUGGUCUUCAGAAAUGCACAGUGGUCUUCCAUUAACCUGCUUCCUCGUAGCGCUGGAUUGUCGGGGAAGACAGCCCUUGCCCCUUUUCAUGGCACCAGCUGCCGUAUUCUGUCUCUGCUAUGAUUAUCAAUGUCAGACCCUGCAUCAGUCAUCCUAUGAAGAAUAACAGGAUGGGAAGUGGCUGUUCCAAGUCCAGACCGUCUCUGAAGAAGGAGAUGCUGAGCGGCCAACAGCAAUUUUCGAUGAAGUGCUUGUUACAGAGCACAAGACGACUGUGUAAUGUUACACUCGACCAGCAUUGGAAGGGAGUGGACAAUCCAAUGGAGAUCAUUUUCGUGGGGUUUUGCAGUUCAACUGAAGAUGCCGAUUCUGUUGAGAAGCAGGCCCUGGCUGCUAUAGACCCGGAGCUUCCUGGUUUGCUGAAUUCACCAAAGCUCGACAACCUAAAGGACACUGAAAUUGCUCUUUUAACAGAUUUGAAGAAACACUCCAAGACAAAAGAGAACACCAUCAGCCAGCGUUCGCUGUCAGCAGUGGUCUGUGUGAUGAGGCACCCACCAGCAUCCCUAAAGUACAGUGACAACUCUGUGUUCUCCAUGCUUAGCAAAUAUACAAGAGCAAUUCAGUUUUCUCAGGAUGGCCAAUCAGCACUGAACCAUCAAACUGACACAAACCACACUGAGGAGGACGACACUAAUCAGUCUGUAUCAUCCAUUGAGGAUGACUUUGUGACUGCUUUUGAACACCUGGAGGAAGAAGAAGAAGAAGCAGUAACUGCACAUGGAGCCUCAGGUUUUGAUAUCAGUGCUCCCAAACACCAGCGAGAUGCGGCUCUACACACCUUCGCACUUGAUUCUGCUGAGACACCAAUUCCCGUUGACUCCUCCCGAAGUCAGGUCUCCAACCAGUCAGUUCCCCUAUUACUCAGUAAUUUGCCUUAUAAAGGGCCACCAUCGUCUGCGAAAAGCUCAGUUAUAACAUUAAGCUCAGAUCCUGGGAAGCAAAGAAGUUUUUACAGACAGUGCAAUGCACCUGUGUCAAGAUCCAACAUUGGAUAUAAGUCUGCACCCUCUGUUUCCCCCUCUGAGUCUGAAGACUCAGAAGGCUCAAGUCCAAGUCCAGUCAUCUUCUUGGAUGAGGAAGGCUAUCAGAAGAGUCUGAAAGCCAAGCUGGAAAUACCCCAGAUCCCAAUACUCAAAGAUGACAUUGAGGACUCGGACUCUGAAGUGAGUGAAUUCUUUGACAGUUUUGACCAGUUUGAUGAGCUGGACGAAAUGUUGGUGAGCACAGCUGCCAACCUGAAGGUCGGACCCAGUCCUCAAAGCCCACCUCUGAACAAGAAGUCUAUGGUAAAGCCGGCUUCAGAUUUCUCACUGGAACGAUGCACUACUGCAGUUGCUGCUAUGAAUCCGCAGAAAUUUGACCAGCCAGUCCUCCCUGCUGAUGUGAAAAAGCCAACCGCUCGCAAGGCAGAAUCUCCCUAUAACAGCCUAUCUGAUGUCCCAGAUUCACCUCGACCAGUGAACACCUCUGGGGAAGAGAACAAUUCACUCUUCAGCCCCAUCCGUUCCUCUGCAUUCAGCCCCCUUGGUACUUGUGGCAAUUCUGAGUGUUUUGAGAGAACGGAGGCCACCAGCACUGAAAUCAUUAAUGGACCAAACCUCAGAGGGCUUUCUAACACUUAUACACAUUAUGCAGGCGAUAUUUCACACAGCAUUAUUGGCUCUAUUUUUAGCUAUCCACAGAAUGUUAGAUUUGAGCCUCAAGGUGUACACUGGUCAGAUGGAGUCAGACAUUUGGGAGAACCAGCUUCCACUGCAAACCUCAGCUUGAAACAACCCGCAGUUCAUACUCCUGUCCAGCAGAAAUGUUCAAACAUAUUCAAAGAUGGCAUUCAGCGAAUUGCUACAGAACUAGUGGAAAAAAGUCUUGGUGGUGCUUUUAAGGACUUACAGAAGGGUGUUUCUUCAUGCACUAGUACCCUGUACCAUCUGGCUGCGAGACUGACAACCUCUGUGAUUCACAUGGCUUUACAGGAGGUUGGGGCAAGGCAAGCGUUUGCACGAAAGCAGAGUGCCAUUAAUAAUUUAGCAGACUACUUGGUUGGUGACGCAAUCACUGGAGCUCUGCGAGAACUGAAAUUUGUGAAGAAACAAAUUUUUAACAAUGCUGUUGCCCGAUUUGCAACUGACCUGGCUGAGGAACUAAUUUUUGAAGGUAUUAUGGAAGUUUGUCAGUUCUGUCACCCACUGGCGCCUACAUCCAUCACGAGCUGGUCGCUUGAUGAUGAAGAGAAGAUUGUGAACUCCUAUGCGAGAGAUUUGUCCGAGUCAGUCCUACAGGAAGCUUUUAUUGAAUUGUCUCAAGUGGAUGUGACUUUCACAGCACAAGCAGCAAUUAGUAUUUCCCUGGAUAAUAGAAAAGAUUUUUGUGGGGAAGAUGUAACCCAGGCACUAAAAAUUACUAAUGACCCAGUUGAUGUCGAAAAGAAAACACUGCUUAGAGAUUGUGAAGGGUGCUUUACAAAUACUGUAGCAAAUAAUGCCCUUGAUGAUUUGCAUUUGACAGAGGAGGAAUACACAAUAGAAAAAGCUUUACUUUGUGUUUCAGGCAUUGUGAGUUGUGUAUCAGUUCCCAGUGCUGUCAAAACACUUCCUUGCAAUUCUUCUGAUUCCUCUCUGAGCACAUGCCAUCAUCACAUAUCACCAGAAGUGAAACCAGAACAACCUCCAAAGUCUGGUCUUGCUGGAUUGUGUUCAAGAAGCAGAAAGAUGGAUGAGGUGAUGCCUGCCAGCUAUGUGAAUCAGCCAGUGGAUCCUGCAAGUCAUGUCAACUGCAGUGGGUACAUUUCCUGUGACAACAUGUAUCUUUGUACUGAGGUUACUGACGCUGAUGAUUGUGAAACAUUAAGGAAAAGUGAAGAUUUGGACACUAAUGAUGCUGUUGCUACAGCAUGGAAAAAUUGGCAAACAACAGUAGCAAUGAUUGAUAUUGUGGCAAAUAAUGCUUUUGAUUUGGUGACUGAGCCUAAAGUGGAGUAUAAGGUAGAGGAAUAUGCUUCUCAACUAAGUAAAAAAAUACUCUCUGAGCCUGUGUCUGAGAGCCUGCCAGUUCCCGAGAACCACUUUGCUGCACAGUUGGCAGAAGCAAUUGUAAAGAAUUCGGUGGAUGAAGUGAAAACAAAAGUCACAAAGCCUUACAAGGCACUUGAUGGUGGUUUGCAGGCUGGCGCUGUUGAAACUAGUAAAGAAACACCUGAUAGACUCUCAGAGAUCCCAGAGGGACAGAUACAGGAGCAGUUAACAGUUGGGAAAAUGAUUUCUGGUGGGCAGCAGCAAGAUUUGUACACUCAGUCGCCAGAUCUGCUACGAACACCACCUGUGUCACCGAUUGAAUAUAUUCCUGGCAAAAGCUUGACCAUCCCUCAGCAUUUUGCACAGGCGCUAAAGGGCCAUUUAGCAGAAGAGUUUCCUCCAUGUACUCCACCACCUAGUCCUACUGUUGGUCUCAAGGGUUCAGAUAUAGAAAGUACAGAGGGUGUUCGUGGUCCUGAGCUCGCAGAUACCCUAAAGUCAUUGACUGAACAUCUUCAAGGUCAAAUCUUAAUGCCAACAUUCCAGACUCCUUUAGCAGAAGUAAAUGAACCAAACCAAGAACUACAUGUAGUGUUGCUUGGAAAGCCAAAGAUUGGACUUAACAAAGAUGGGUUAUUUUCAGAGGAACGCCUUAACCCUGUUGAAGGAAGUAGGUCUCCUGGAACACCACCACCAACACCACAGCAAUCAUUCCAUGAAAAAAGUCUGAAGAGUUUCAAUAGGAAGCUUAAAGGAGAGCUGGCUAAAGAGUUCUUGCCAGUAACGCCACCAUCCACCCCCCAUAAUCAUUCUGUCCCAAGCUUGGCAGAGAUGACCCAGGACACUGAGGAAAAGGCUGAGUUUGUGCUGAAGCUAAUGAGGUCACUGUCUGAAGAAGUUCUGGACAAUGAGGAUGAUGAAAAUUUUGAUUUUGCUGAGAGACAUACAGAGAUGAGGGAGCAGCCCAUUCCAAGUUUGAGACGAGAAGCAAAGGUUUUGGAAAAAGAAGAAUUAAAGUUAGAUAUUAAGAGGCAUGCCCUGUACUAUGCCAAUCAACUGGCAUCCAGCAUAGUUUCCAUGGCAACUGAAAUUGCAGCAAUUUGUGUCGAAGAUGCCGACAAGUGUGACGGCGGAGAAAUGAAAUGCUUUAAGGUCCUCCCCAGCAACCUGUGGAAAUCAGCCCGAAGUGAACUGUACACUCGGACCACUGGUGCUGAAAGGAAACUUCCAGAAGAAGUUGUAGGUUCCUUAUGGAACUACGCGGGCAAGGUGGCAGGGGAGGUCAUUCGGGAUGCCAAAAAAAUUCUCAGCUCAAAGAAGCACAAGGUCAGAAAAUUCAAGAAGGAUGGCUGGCAAGUUGAAAGCAGUGAAUGCAGCUUUGGAGAGCAGGAAAAUGUUGGAAUUGAAGGACUAAAUGCCAUGGCUGAUCAGUGGUCCCGAGAGCUUGUAGAUUCUGUGCUUCAUUCACCCCAAGGUAAUGCUCCUGGGUUCAUGUCUAAACAUUCAAGCUGUGAGAGUGUUACUGAUGAAUAUGCAGAAUAUAUUAUGAGACUGAUUAGUAGAGAAGGUGGAAAUGGUGAGGUAAUUGUGGAUCAUUAUGCCAGUAAGCUUGCCUUCAGAACUGUGAAAGUAGGCUUGGAACAAGCAGCCAGAAGGAUCAAACAGAAGUAUAAGAGGAGACUGCUCUCCUCACAACAGGCAAGGGGAGACAAUGGGGCUAAAGAGCUUUUCAAGUUUCUGACAAGGGAGGACAACCAAGAUGGGGAUCCUGGCAGGAGAGGCCAUGAUCAAAGAAUGAUCAGAAAGGACUCCAGAGAUUUGACAAGGUUUGCAGCAUCAGUCGCUCAAACAAUCACUUAUGAAGUCACACAGAAAUUGAAGACGGCAUCAGUCAUGCAUGGCUUGCCCAAGUCCCUAACAGAUUCUUGCCUUUAUGAAAGGUCGCAGCUGGAACAGAUGGCAGAGGAACUCACCAAGAAGACAUGGACUUGCUCAAUCCAACCUAUUGCCCAAAGGAGCAAACGCUAUCACAGUACAGGAAGUUUAAACGAUUACGGAUAUAACCUUGAAAGCACAAAUCUAGCUCUUGAACAUUAUUUGGGGAAAAGUGGCAAUGAUGCUGUCCAGCUGAACAUGGCUGAGGAUGGAGUUUGCAGUCUAGAAAGCAGGAAGCAAAAAGAUUGUUUAGCGUACGCUGAAAAGUUGACAGAAAUGGUUCUAAAGUGCUCUCUAACAGAUAAAGAAUCAAGAAAUUGCAUUAACAGGUUAAGCUCCCAGACUGCUAGUUUCUGCAGCAAAAAUGUCUCAAGAGCACCACGGCAUAGCAGUAAACUGCUUGCCAAGCCAGAACACUAUGUCCAUAGAACUGUUGAAGCUUGUCAGCUGGACGUGCCUAGGAUUCACAUUGAGUUGGAGCAGAGGGGACUUUUUCCAGAGGAUUUGAUGUCAGUGGCGACUGAGAAAGCCAAGCGAGAUCUCAGUAAUACCAGCCUGGCAGCGGAUAGUGGUAUUGGACAGGAUGGCACAAGCUUCACUGAAAGUCUUGCUGCAGAAAUAAUGACUUCAGCCAUGAUCAGUGCCAGCCAGUCAAUUGUAAGUGGCAGUCUCAAGGAUGGAUUGCGGUCAACUGAUUCUACCACAACCAGUCAACAGCUUAGCCUCAGCGUAGGUGAUGACAGUACUGGCAGCUGGUCCAACCUGAGCUUUGAAGAUGAACAUCUAGAUGAGACCAGCAGCUUCCUGCACCUCAGUGACAGUAAUGGCAACAGCAGUAGCUGGAGCAGUCUGGGGUUAGAAGGAGAUAUAUAUGAGGAGAAUAUAUCCUUUCCACCAUCAGACAGCGAUAAUAGUGAAGACAAAGAGGAAGAGGCGCAAGAAGAUUCUGAAGGUCUGGUGCAGGCGAAAGAAACAUUAUUAAUUUUAAAUGUUGACCUCGAACCCAGUAGUUUUGAUCUUCAGAUGAGAAUAGUGUUGCAAUGGAUAGCAGCAUCACAGUUUCAGAUGUCUUUGGUCUACUUCAAGGAAUCUUUUGAAGAUGAGCUGUUGCAUUUUUAUGCAGUGGUGAAAAGGGCAGAAGCGAGGGGCUGGAAGAUCUGUGACCUGCUGCGGGCAAUGCUGAGAUACUGUGACACCAGGGAGCAAGACCCAACUGGAGCUCACUGCACUCCUAUUCCCUUCUUUGACUGGCUGCUGGAGAAUACAUAAGACAUCUACCCACAUACAAAGAACACUGGAAGUCUGUUUGUAGAGGGUUGUCAGGUACCCACCAGCCAAGUAUUGCUAAGUGUGCAGCUUACUGAAAAGGGAGUUGAACCAGAAGGCUUGUGUUCUUUAUGACAGAAAGCAUAACAGUUAGUAAACUCUCUCGUACUAUAAAGAUAGAAAGCAUUUUGUUGUAAGGGCAAGUCUAGAUCUAAAUUAAACACAUUACUAGGCUGGAAAGUUCUUGAAGCUGCUCCUGGUUCACCAAUAUAACUUUCCCAUAAGUGUGGUCAACAGAGCAGCUCUGAGGAUUUCCCGCCUAUUUUCUACUAGUUCAAUGUUAAAGUUUAAGGAAUUUGUGACCCCUCCCCUCAGAAUUAAUUGGAGACAUAUCAGUUCCUGGUAAAACAAUUUUGAUUUUCAAAGUUCUUUCAGCUUCCUAAAGAUCUGCCAUCAUGGACUCACGCAUAACCAUUCCACUGAUAGCGAUGUGCAUUGUACUAGUGUCUAGUCCCAGAAGUUCUGGCACCAACUGACACCCUUUCAGUCUUGGAUGUUAAUACCAUGACAUGGCUGAGGAGUUGGCUGGAAUUGAACUUCCUUUCCCUCUCUGGGUGGCAUCUGGGUCCUGCACUUUAUGAUCACAGCUCAGUCUAAGGCUUUACUGGGCCUUCUGAUCACAUAAGAUAAAGCAGAGAUAUCUCACAAAAGUUGGGUUUUUUAAUAGAAACACACAUUGACUUGCACUGGUCUAAACUUGAACAGCUUGCAACACUGAGAAAGAAUGAUGACUUAGUUGUGGUAUUGAAGUGUUGCCAGUGUCUUUGUAUCCUGACCAUCAGUUUCAGAAAAGGAGAGAGAAAAUUAUAACCCUGAAAGAUGGAGUGGUGAAGAGUACUUCAUCUUGCAAGUGCUUCCUAACCUACACUUUAAUAGUGAAACCUGUUACUCUUUACAAACCAGGAGGAAACAAGCUUUGCUAAUGUUGUGCAGUGCAUCUUAUGGUAAGUGGAGGCAAAAAGCAUAUUGCUAGUAUCCCACUGAUUUAUUAAUGCCCCAGCUGCUGAUCAAGUCCACUGACUGGCUAUAGGAAAACCUGCCUGUGACUCACCAGGUCAGAGUCUCAGAAUUGCCCUUAGUUUACCAGUCAUUUAAGUACAACAGUCCUGCAAGAUGGUGGGAGAGAGGAUGGGAGAUUCACUUAAAGCUGUUGGCAUGUCCAGUUCACGGCACUCCCCAUUUAUUAAAGUGGAGUCUUGCAAAAGUGGACCAUUUUAACAUUUCCAACUUGGUAUUCUGUUUCCUCAGUCCCUGUUUGUUUAAUUAAAUAGUGUGCAGCUGCCCAAUUCAUCGAUCUCCUGGUUAAAAUAUUUUGGUACGAGGCAUUCAGAUAUUGCAGAAUUUGAGGUUUAGUGCAAUGACAAAUACAGAGGAGACUUUCUUGGGUCUAUUUUGGCAAAUAUUGGAAAGUCAGCCAAGUUCCUUUUCAGGCUCUGGUGCAACCCCUUGAUUUUUCCGAUGAUUAAGUUGCCUCAGUGGCAGUGUGAUAGGAAUCUCCUGUAGUAACAAGCUUUCAGUUCUGGAAGAUGAGCCUAUAUAUCUGCAUCAUCUGUGAUCACAAACAGAAGAUUAUGAAAAAACAAACAUUCAGAAAUGGCAGCAAACCAUUUUAAUAUGGGCCCACAGGUCUGACAACUCUGGUGUUUUAACUAUUAGGCUGUAUACAUGGAGCAUGUGGACUUUGAGAGAAGUGAUAUUUACCACAGCAUACUGCCAGUUGUAUUACAUAGGAAUUAAAUUCCCACAAGCUGACCUCUCAGAAAGAGAGACUGAUUCUGUACAUCUCUGAAAUCAUGGCCUGCGUGCUGUGCUGAAUUGAAAAUCCUGCACUAGUGGUCUCUGUUUAGAAUGGAAGGAUUUGGACAUCAGGAUAACGACAAUUCCAAAGACUUCUCAGAAGGAUGAUAAUGUUUAACAGCUGCACAGUGAGACUCAAGUUAUGACUUAUAAGUAGCAAAAGCAUAGGCUUUCAAGAAAAUUUUCCCGGACAUUCCUACACUUGAGUCAGUCUGAUGUACAUAAACAAACAUCCUUUAUCACAUAGUGUCAGUAAUUUGUGUUUUUCUGCCAACACUUCAAACCCACCCAGCACUGAUUUCUUAUAUUUCCAGCAAAUUUAAUAUUUGGAUUAGUUGUAUUAUUUUAUCAGUUCCCUGCACUUGUCUUGACAGCAAUAUCCACAGCUGUUUUGAUUUUGCCGUGUGUUAAUAUGUUGAAUGUUCUGAAUCCCAUCAGUGCUCAUACUGCCACAUGAUAGGUCCCGUAAUCGUAGCCUUAUGAGCUGUCAGGCUAUCACACUAUUGUCAGCAGUAAUAAAAUGCAUUGCAGAUUAAAUUUAAUCUUUUGCUUAGAUAAAAUUCACAAGAUGCCAUCUGAGAUUUCCUACUUCAGCAAUCCUAUUAUGUACAGUGGAAUUCCAUGGCUCCUGCCUUUGAUUUUCCAACCUGGUAGUCGGUAAAACAUGGAUCAUGGGGUAUGGAAUGUGUUUUCCCCAACAACCUUGAACUCAACAUGGCACCUUUUAACAAAGUGAUAUCAGCACGGCCAUUCAACUAACUAAGUGGAACGUUUAUUCCUGGUUACUUAGUCACUUUAUUUUUUGUGUGUGUUCCUCUGUCUCUGCUCUUUUCUCACUGUACUUAGUGAUGCCAUUUUGAUGACAAUGUGAAACAUUAAAAUUGAACUUGAUUCUGAUAGUACUUAUUUUGUUACUGUGCAGUGUUAAUUCCAUUGUAAUUCACAUGCUAGGGGUAAAUAUGAAGUGAGAUGUCUGGUUGUAAUCCCUAUAUGAAUUAUGCCAAAAAUAGAGCAAUGAAGUUCAUGUAACUUAUAACAACUCUUAUGUGUCAGCUAUUAAUCCAAGUGUACAUUCUGUUUUCAGAUUAUAAGCUGGAAGUUGCACUAUGUUGAUGUCUUUAUUUCUCCAGCGAUAAUAAAAUAAACUGUAGAUCAUC